CUUACGGAACCUUAGUGAGAACCUCCCAGUUUCCCGGGGAGGAGGUCGGAAGAGGACUUGCGCGCCCCGGUUCUUGAGCCGACUUUGGAGGCAAUGGCCGUGAUGGGCCGGGGAUCGCGGCUUUGGCGAGCCGCCUCAGGCGGCGGGGCCGGCUGGAGAUUUAUAGCAACAUCACCUGCAACACAACUGUCACCUACUGAACUGACAGAAAUGCGGAAUGAUCUCUUUAAUAAAGAGAAAAAGAGGCAGUCAUCACUAACUCCCCGAACUGAGAAGAUUGAAGUGAAACAUGUUGGCAAAACUGAUCCCGGCACUGUCUUUGUGAUGAAUAAAAACAUUUCAACUCCUUACAGUUGUGCCAUGCAUUUGAGUGAGUGGUACUGCAGGAGGUCCAUUCUGGCUCUUGUGGACGGACAGCCCUGGGACAUGUAUAAGCCUUUGACCAAGUCCUGUGAAAUUAAAUUUCUUACUUUCAAAGAUCAUGAUCCAAGAGAAGUAAAUAAGGCUUAUUGGCGUUCUUGUGCCAUGAUGAUGGGCUGUGUAAUAGAGAGGGCAUUCAAAGAUGAGUAUUUGGUCAGUUUGGUCAGAGCUCCAGAAGUUCCUGUAAUUGCUGGAGCCUUCUGUUAUGAUGUAGUUUUGGAUAAAAGACUAGAUGAGUGGAUGCCAACAAAAGAGAACUUGCGUUCCAUCACAAAAGAUGCUCAUACUCUAAUUUAUAAAGAUCUUCCAUUUGAAACUCUGGAAGUUGAUGCAAAAGUGGCAUUAGAAAUGUUUCAACACAACAAGUACAAAUUAGAUUUUAUAGAAGAGAAGGCUUCUCAGAACCCUGAAAGAAUAGUAAAGCUACAUAGAAUUGGUGACUUCAUUGAUGUGAGCGAGGGCCCUCUUAUUCCAAGAACAAGUAUUUGUUUCCAGUAUGAAGUGUCAGCGGUUCACAAUCUUCAACCCACUCAGCCAAGUCUUGUAAGAAGAUUCCAGGGUCUGUCUUUACCUGUUCAUUUAAGAGCACAUUUUACAAUAUGGGAUAAGCUAUUGGAAAGAUCUCGGCAAAUGGUAACUGAAGAUCAAACUAAACCGACAGAGGAAAGUAUGUCUACCUAAUAACGUCUAAAAUUAAAUAUGUAUAAUAAAAUAAAGGUUUGUAAUAUAAUGUUUUUAUGUGCUUGGAGAGAGAACUUUUUCUCCCUAAGACUGAUAUCCAUCUUUACCUUUUCCUUUCUGUAAAGGGUAAAGCAAUUUAUGUUGUUCGCAAUAAAAA